UUGUCCGUUGGCAUUUUUCUCUAAAACAAUGACAUCUAACGUUAGUCAGAAGCGACAAAGUGAUGAUUUCUGUGCACACGAUUAAUAAUAUAAUGAUUAUUUAUCCUUUCUGUAUAUAUUAACAGGAGGCUUUAGUCAAGAAUGAGCUCUAGAUCACUCCUGUAAAGAUGGAGUUUAUUAAAAUGGAGACUGUGGACACGAGUGAUGCAGAACUCUGCCGAGUGAAGGAUGAAGACACUGAGGAAGAAGACAGAGACCACACAGAAAUAAAAGAGGAACGUCAAGAAUCAAGUGACGUCAAAGAUUGCAUCAAAAUAAACCCUCUAGAGAAGAGUUUCAUUCGCAAAUUAGACUCGGAGGAUCACACGAUCAUCCAGAGCUCAGAGAAGCCGCACACCUGCCCAAUAUGUGGGAAAAGCUUCACCUGUAAAGGCAGCGUUGAUGUACACAUGCGCAUCCACACGGGGGAGCGUCCGUUUGCGUGCAUCCAAUGUGGGAAGAGUUUCACAUGUAAGGGAACGCUCACAUGUCACGUCCGAACGCACACCGGUGAAAAACCGUACACGUGUCCUCAAUGCGAAAAGAGUUUCACUCAUAAAGCAAGCCUCCGGUAUCACAUGAGACUUCACAUGGAGGACGGACCGUUCAUAUGCGGUCAAUGCGGAAAAACCUUCGCGCAGAAGGAAUACCUUAAACAUCACGUUAAAAUUCACUACACGGGGAAACCUUUUAUCUGUGAUCUCUGCGGGAAGGGGUUAACAUGCAAGGGAAGUCUGAAGGUUCACAUGCGAAUUCACACCGGAGAGAAACCGUAUACGUGCAACCACUGCGGAAAGAGUUUCACUAAUAAAGGAAAUCUUAAAAUACACGCAAAGAUGCACACGGAGGAGAGCGCGCUCACUUGCGUUCAAUGCGGGAAGAGUUUCACACAUGAGGAAAACCUCAAGAGUCACAUGAGAAUCCACACCGGAGAGAAACCGUUCGCAUGCCAUCAGUGCGGAAAGCGCUUCGCUCGUAAGAUCAUCCUGCAGAAUCACGUGAAAACACACUCCGGAGAGAAGCCGUAUAAGUGCCAUCAAUGCGGGAAGAGAUUCACGGAUAGAGGAUAUAUAAAGCGGCACAUGCGCAGUCACACCGGAGAGAAGCCCUUCAUCUGUCCUCAAUGCGGGAAGGGCUUCACUCAUAAAGGAAAUCUGAAGAUUCACAUUAGGAUCCAUACGGGGGAGAAACCGUCCAAGUGUCCUCAAUGCGAGAAGAGCUUCACGCAUAAAGGACAGCUCAAGGAUCACAUGAGAAUCCACACCGGAGAGAAACCCUACGCCUGUCCGCAAUGUGCAAAGACUUUUAAGUGCAAAGGACACCUCAAGACGCACUCCAGAACUCACAGCGGAGUCAAACCGUACUCGUGCCUUCAGUGCGGGAAGAGUUUCACCGUUCAGAAAAGCCUGAAUGUGCACAUGAAGUAUCACUCCGGAGAGAAGCUGCACGAGUGUCCUGAAUGCGGGAAGAGGUUUGCGGAGGGCAACACUUAUAAAAUGCAUCUGCUCAUUCACUCCGGAGAAAGGCCUUUUAGUUGCGAUAAGUGCGGGAAGAGGUUUAUUUUGCCGGCGCGCUUGAAGGCGCACCUGAAGCUGCACACGGAUGAGAGACCGCAUGUGUGUUCGGUGUGUGGAGAGAGCUUUAAAUUAGUUGGGAGUUUAAGAUCGCACCAGAAAACACACACGAGUGAGAAAUCUCACGUGUGUCUGGAGUGUGGAAAAGCUUUUAUUAGAGCGAGUUAUUUACAGAGGCAUCAGCGGAUUCACACUGCAGAAAUGCUACUAAUACACAAGGGGGGAAAUUAAAUAAAUGGAUGCAUUCGAGAAAUCAUUCGGACAUUUUACGAAUGCAUUGCGAGUUGAUUUUGAUUGGAUUCUAGAUUCGUUUUUACCAACAGAUGGCGCUGCAUGGUUUACAAAUGUAUUCUGAUUGCCUUCAAUUCCUUACACACACCACUUGAACCUACAAUAAGUUUAAAAUACAUCCAGGAGGUUAUCGCAGAAUAAAGCCUGAAAGGCUUAUCGACAGCCUGACGUGAAGCCGAGACUGAAACCCUUCUGUGAAAACAACCAGCUGGAUGUACUUUAUCCUGUUUAUUACUUGUCACAAAGCAUAAAAAUGAGACAAAAUGCUGUUAUAUUGUAGCUCAACACUUAAAGGCACACCUGAAGAGGAUUGAUCAUAUGGAGAGAUUUUCUGAAUGCAUUGCGAUUCUCUCUUGAAUGGAUUCUGAGGUUAGUUUUUACCAGCAGAUGGCGCUUUAUGCUUUUCAAAUGUAUUCUGAUUGCGUACAAUUCCUUACAUGCAGCAUUUUAACCUAAAAUAAGCAAGUAAAGUCUGUAUAUAUUAAAUAUAUGUCUAGUUGUUUUCUCAGAAUAAAGCCAGACAGGCUUAUCAGCAGCCCGACGAAGCGGAGCACUGUUGUAUUAGACUGAAGGGCUUUAUUCUGUGAAAACAACCUUCUGGAUGUACUUUAUCCCCAUUAUGGGUUCUUGCCACAAAAAAGAAAACAAUUUUGACAAAACAUUGUUCUGUGUGGAGAAAGCUUUAAAUUAAUUGGAAGGUUAAGAUCUCACCAGAAAACGCACGCGAAUGACAAAUCCCACAUGUGUGCGGAGUGUGGAAAAGCUUACAGUGAAUUACUUAAACAGGCAUCGGCGGAUACACACUGCAGAAAUGCAACUAAUACACACGGGCGAAAAAAUUUAAUUAAAUCGAUGCAUUCGAAAAAUGAUUCUGAGAUUUUCCCAAUGCAUUGCGAUUUGCCUUUGCAUGGAUUCUGAGGUUAGUUUUUAAUCAACAGAUGGCUCUGCAUGAUUUACAAAUGUACUCUGAUUGCCUUCAAUUCCUUACACACACCACUUGAACCUACGUUGAGCAAGUAAAGUGUAUAUAAAAUACAUCCUGGAGGUUAUUGCAGAAUAAAGCCUGAAAGGCUUAUCGCCAACCUGAUGUGAAGUGAACAACCGGCUGGAUGUACUUUAUUCAGGUUAUUACAUGGCUACUUGCCACAAAACAUAAAAUUAGUACAAAUAUUAAAUCAUAUUUUAGCUGUGCAUUUGAAGGCACGCCUGAAAGUGCAUACGGAUUGAUUUCUGAGACUUUCUGAGUGCAUUGCGAUUCCCUUUUGAAUUGUUUUUUUACCAGCAGAUGAAAAAAACCCUUAUAGAUAUUUAAAAAUACGAGCUCCAAGGGUGAUUUUGCAGUGUUCAUACACGAACCUUUUUAUUAUU